ACAUUUGCAUUUACAGAUAUUCAAAAUUCAACAUUUUUGUGGCAAACAAAUGAGAAGGCAAUGAAAAUUGCUCUUUCAAUUCAUAACAAAAUUAUGAGAAGAAAUAUUAAGAUAUUUAAAGGAUAUGAAGUUAAAACAGUAAGAGAUUCUUUUUUCGUAGCAUUUAAAAAUCCUGAUGAUGCAAUUCAUUGGGCUCUAAAAGUACAAUCAGAUUUGAUGCAAGCAAAAUGGCCAUUAGAUAUUAUGACUCAAUAUGAUUGUAGACCUCAAUUUGAUGAAAAUACCAAAAAAAUGGCAUUUUCAGGAUUAAGAGUUAGAAUUGGAAUUCAUUGUGGUCAAGUUGAAUCAGUUAAUGAUAAAACUGUGAAAAGAAUUGAUUAUUUUGGUUCCUGUAUCAACCAGGCUGCUAGAAUUGAAUCAAUUGCACUUGGAGGAAUGGUAUUAAUAAGU